UGCCAAACAACCAACCAAUCCACUCUAUUUUUUUUAUUCUCCAUUACCUAUUUUCUCCAACUCCAUCCACCAAAUAAAUUGCCUCAGCCUCAACUUCCCUCUUCAUCACACAACUCCGGCUAGAAAUGGCUUCAACGGCAGAGGGUACAACCAUCACUUCCUCCGAUGAUGCCGCCUCCCAAGAACAACACUAUGCUUAUGCGAUGGAACUGGCUACCUUAUCGGUGGUGCCGAUGACACUCCAAGCAGCUUUCGAGCUCGGCGUGUUUGAGAUCUUGGCCAAGGCUGGGAAUGGGGCCGAGCUCUCUCCAGCAGAGAUAGCGGCUGAGAUAACCACGACAAAUCCCGAAGCGGUAACUAUGAUCGAUAGGAUGUUGAGGCUUCUAGCGAGCCACUCGGUGGUGGGAUGCUCUUUGGCAUUUGAUGAAGAUGGGAAUGUGCAGAGACUUUAUAGCCUUACGCCGGUUUCUAAGUAUUAUGUUCGCAAUGAAGAUGGUGUCUCGUUGGGUCCAUUUUUAUCAUUGCUUCAAGAUAAAGUCCUUCUCCAUAGCUGGAGUGAGCUGAAGAAUGCAGUUAUUGAAGGAGGACGUGCUUUCAAUAGGGCUUAUGGGGGAGUUCAUGCCUUUGAAUACCUUGGUUUGGAUCCAAGAUUUAACCAAGUUUUCAACACUGCGAUGAUAAAUCACACCACUAUGCCCAUCAAGAACAUUGUUCAAUCUUACAAAGGCUUUACAAAUAUCAAGCAACUUGUUGAUGUUGGUGGUGGCCUUGGGGUCACCCUUCAUGUCAUCACUUCUACAUAUCCUUCCAUCAAAGGCAUCAACUUCGACUUACCUCAUGUCAUUCGUGAUGCCCCUUCCUAUCCCGGUGUAGAACAUGUGGGAGGAGACAUGUUUGAGAAAGUUCCAAAUGGAGAUGCUGUUUUCAUGAAGUGGAUACUUCAUGAUUGGAGUGACGAUCAUUGCGUAAAAUUAUUGAAAAAUUGCUACACUGCGAUUCCGAACGAUGGAAAGGUAAUCAUAGUAGACUCAAUACUUCCAACAAUGCCUGAGACCACAAGUGCAACAAAAGCAGUAGCCCAAUGUGACAUGAUUGAAAUGACUCUAUAUGAAGGAGGAAAGGAACGAACUCGAGAUGAAUUCAAGGCCCUUGCUACAAAAGCUGGGUUUAAACAUGUCAUAUUCCAGUGCCUUGUGUCUAAUCUCUGGGUUACAGAGUUUCUUAAAGAUUUUACAUCACACCAAGGUUGAUGGGUUUCAAACAUAAUUAUACUUCCUAGCGAAAGUUUUUGUGUGUGGUGGCUUAAUUGCUAAGUUAUUUUAGUACUUGAACUUCUAUGUCUAUUUUGCUGAACCUUUUAUAUUUUAGUGAAGAUUAUUAUUUUGAUGGCUU